UGCCAAUCAGAUGAAAUCGCGCUCUUUCGCGAUGCAUUGCAAUAACGCCUUUAUGUAAUGGAGCGUUCAGUGUUUACUAUUGCGAUGUUGGCGACACUGGAGGGAUGUCAAUUCAAUCAAAUUCAAUAUGAAAACGGGUGACGAGAAGUACGACAAUAAACGACACUUGAACGGCGUGUAAUUAAUAAUAAAUUCUUCGUUCAAGAAUUAAUCAUCACAGAACUUGUAUGGUUUACAACGCACUGGAAUAUCGAAGAUGUUGAUCUACGAUGUUUUGCACAAAGAGAAGGUGUAUCACGCUGUCGCCAGCGAUCUUAGAAGCCUCGGAGUUAAGUAUCGCUUCAAGAAGAGCAUGCUUAAAAGCGAAAGGCCCGAGGCGUGCAAGGAUAUCUCCAAAAAGGUUUUCAAGACCCCUUUAUUUUAUCAAGCCUUGGACAUUGUUAAUCUAUCAUCAGGCGCCAUAGUCCACAUACCUGUGUUUGUCAUUCAAGCCUCUACGUUCUUGGAAGAGCAUGUCGCUCAAGAGGGUCUGUUCAGAAAGGCUGGCUCUCAGGCGCGACAGAGAGAAUUGAUAUCCCGAUUGAAUAACGGCGGUGGUUUAGGUGACAAAAAUCAUGCGAUCGAUAUUGCCAAUUGCCUAAAAUCUUUCUUCCGAGACUUACCAGAGCCACUGAUUCCAUAUGCAUAUCACGAUUUGUUUGUGCAUUGCGCUUUGCUGAAGAGCCAUCGGAUACAGGCAUUAUUGUUAGCAUGUACACUGCUACCACCGUAUCACUUGAAUACCUUAGCAUUCUUCAUGGAAUUCUUGAAAAAGGUUUCUAUGUAUGAGAAACAGAACAAGAUGAAUAUUGACAACUUGGCGAAAGUCAUUGGACCGAAUAUCAUGCCAUUGCAAGAGACAUCCAUGUCAGCUGUACAGAAUAGAUUGCAAAUGCAUUUAACUAUUGUCAAGAUUCUGAUUGAAAAUGCAGAAGAUAUUGGUGUCCUACCACCUCAUAUUGCUCAGAGUAUUUCUACUGAAACAAGCGGCAGCACAGAUAAUGGAUUGGAUUCAUUUGAAUUACAUAGAAAGCAUAAAAAGAAGAAGCAUCGUAGUGGAAGUCUUACACGAAUGUUCAAUGGCUUAAAGAACGUUGAUGGUAACUUAUCAGAUUCAUAUAUGGGCAAUUACAAAACGUGUAAUGAAAGACGUUGGAGUUCAGUAAGCAACUCUUUUGAUACGCAUAAAAUAAAAUGUGAGUACAACGACAGAAUAUCAAAUAUGAGAUCAAAGAAAUAUGAUGAACCGUCAAAUAAUGAUUUUCGUCAAGAAUGUAAUGAUGUAUUCAUUAAUGCCACUGUGGAUUUAUCAGACAAUGGUGGCGAGCAAGACUUGCUUAUAAAUAAAAGUCAUAAAAAUGGUGAGCAAUGGCAUAUAAAUGUAAGCACAAGUUCAAGAAAAUUGGAUGCUACAGAUGAAAGUGAUAAUAUAUGCUUGCUGACACCUGAGGAAAAGACUGAUUCAGAAGAACUUACAUUUUUUCCUAGUAGUGACAUAAUAUCUUCAUCAAGUGAUCACUAUGAAGAAGAUUAUGUCAGAAUUCGUAAGAGUGAAUAUGAAGAUAUAAAGAAUCGAGUUUCUGCGAUUGAAUCACGUAUUUCUCAAGAGUUUGGAUGUAUAUAUAACGAGAAGGAUGAUAUCACUACACAUUCGCUAAAUAACAUACAAACAGCGUAUGAAAAAACAUUAGAAGAGGCUAGUAUCGAAAAUACUCUAACAAGCGACUAUCUAGCAAAAAGACUGAGUAAAGAACUAAAGAUCAGAAGAUCGGGAGAACAUAAAAUAAUAAGAUCGCCUAGCGCAAGAAAAAUUGGAUCAUUAAGAAGACGUUCACAAGAAAAAGUUGCAAGCAAACGUAUUAGAAGAACUGCAUCAUGGCAUAUAUCUCCAGAAUUCAACUUACAACAUCACGUACAACUUGAAAGACAAGUAAAUGUUUGUCCCAUCGAAAAACAAUCGAUUUAUUCUAAUAAAUACUUGAAGGAGCAUUCUGCCGAAAAAUGUAAUGAAAAUAUUUCUAAUAAUAUGAGAGAUGAAAUAGCCUGUUUACACAAUCAAAUUAACACAUUGAUUUCUCGUUCAAGCGAACAUAAAAUUACAAAUAAUAGUGACUUGGAUCUUUCUGGAUUUAAAGAUCUGCAUUUGAAUAAUAAUCAUACGACCACAUCUGUACGUAGAGCGUCAUCUUUUCAUGGAAAAGAUUUCGUAGAUAACUCAUCCUAUUUCGAUAAAAAGAUCGAUGAAUUAAAAAAGGCGAAUAGUCAUCAGAAUAUAGCCUUACACAAUGAUUGUUUACUAAGCGAUAAGACUAUUUUCGAGGGCUCGAAUAAAAUAUCUUGGAAAGAUGCAGAUAAAUAUUUUAAAUCAGUGUCCCGAAGAAAUACACCUGCUCCACAAACUGGCAGAGCAUCCGUCGCUAAACUUCGAACGCAAAAUGCUGGUAUGGUACUGGCCAAAGCGAGAUUAUUUGACGAGGGCACAACAAAGAGAUCCGAAUUUAAAUCGAGUAAUGUAUCAAAUAGAAAACAUUGUCUCGACAAUGUAAAUAAACAUUCUUCCAAUGUAGCUAAAGAAAUGAAUACUGAAUGUUUCAAACAAACAUGCAACAGGACACAAGUCUCUCGAAAAAAAUCCAAUAAGGAUUCGAAAAAUAAAAAUCGUCAUGCAGUGUCAUCUCCAAAUGCAUCACCACACAUUAAAACGCAAAUAAUAGAUGCGUCAUUAAAAUCGUUUCAAAAUGGAUUGAACGAACAUUAUGUGCGAAAAUUUGAACUGCAAGAUCAAAAAUGUUCGAAUAAGGAACCAAUUAUACAUCAAACUUUCACCAAAGAUAAAGGGAUCAAUGUCGUACAUGACACAAGAAUUCAGAAAGAAAACAUCGCUGCAAAAGGAUUGCCGUUGACGAAGAUGCCUGUCAGUACAACGUUAGAAAAUCCAAAUAUGUCUCCUUAUAAAUCAGAUGUUAGCAAAACCCCGCAUAUUAAGCGACCUUUAACAGUAAAAACACCGAAAAGUUCCAAAUUAGUGCGUAGACCUCCAGUUGACACACGUAGAACACCAUUGAAAGCAACGGCACACUUAGGAACCCCAAAACGUCAAAGUCCUAAAAGUAUCUUGAAAACACGAACUCUCAGUAUGCAUACGUAACAGAAAGUCUAAUCAUAAGUACUAUAUGUUGACUUAGUUUUACAUAUACAUAUAUAUACGUUAUUUUAAGAAGCUAUAAUUUUUAUACAGUUUUUAUAUAUAU